AUGAUUCAGGAAACAAAACUAGAUUGUCCACAAGCAGAAUCUUUCGGUUUAGGAUUUGGGCACCAAUACUCCGCCAGCAAGCAAGUAGCAAUAUCAACAGAUGGUGCGUCUGGGGAUCUGCUAAUAAUGUGGAAACCUACCAAUACUCACAUUGAGGGAGUUGCUUCCAAUAGAAACCGGCUGCUUGUGAAGGUCCUGCUCCACCAAUCAAAUGUUUCCUUCCUACUACUUAAUGUUUAUGGGCCUCCAUCCCCUAUUUUCAGGCACGCUCUAUGGCUGGACCUGGAAAGUGUGAUCUCUCAAUUCCAAGAUCAAAAUCUUCUCAUUGGAGGGGACUUCAAUGCCAUUAGAAGCUUUAAGGAUAAAAGAGGAGGUAUCACUAGACUCAGUAGAUCUCAACAGGACUUUAAUGAUUGGAUAGACAGAAAUGGUCUUUUUGAGAUAGAAUUAGGUGAAAGUGCCUUUACAGGGAACAAUCAUAGGCAAGGUUUUAGCAAUAUAGCAAAGAAAAUUGACAGAUUUUUUUGGUUGGGUGAUUUUUCCUCCUUUCCCUUCACUUUGGAGUGUUAUGUCCUCCCAUAUUCUGGUUCGGAUCAGUAUCUGCUCCUCCUUUCCUCUCAUGGUGAAUCCACUUUUUCUAAACUGCCCUUUAGAUUUGAAAACAUGUGGAUGAAGGAUGCUAAUUUUCUAACUUUGAUUAGUCAUUGGUGGAAAGAAGUUAUCUUUGAGGGAUCUAAGCUUUUUUGUUUUGUGUCCAAGUUAAAAUAUGUCAAAAAACAGUUGUUAAACUGGAACACUUCACAUUUUAAGAAUAUCUUUACUGUAAAAAAGAAUCUAGAAGCCCAGCUUGAAGAUUUGAAUGAAAAGGUCAUUCAGGAAGGAAUGACACAAAAUCUAUUUCUAGAGGAAAAGCAUUUGUUGGCCGAGUAUGAGGAUAUUUUAUCCAAAGAGGAAAUUUUUUGGAAGCAAAAAUCAAGAGAAGGCAAGGCUGGCUUCAAGAUGGGGAUAGGUAUACCAAAUAUUUCCAUAAUGUCACGAGGAUCCGAAGAAAUAUAA